AUGAAGUUGCCAGGUGGAACUUUCCACUUUUCCCCAACAGGAAAGGAACUUUCGAACUCGUGGGACCUCGAGGAAAUUGGGAAAGGGGGGGGCAGCGGCGGCGGGCACCGGGGGUUGAUACCGAGGGGCAGGGCUAGGCGGGCGAAGACGGAGAGGGCGCAGUGGUCCCGCGACCAUCAAACCAACAACACCGUCCUGCCGCCGCCGUCGUUCGGCGAAAACGGCGGCCGACCGACCCCUACUUCCUCCUCUUCUUCUUCUUCUCUUCUCUUCUCUCGCCGCCGCCGACGCCCGCUCUCACAAGCGACGGACGUCGGCGACGCGGCGACGGACGUCGUCGACCUCCACCGUAACGCCGCGCUGCGUCCCGCCGUCGUUAUCCCGCGGAAUAGGAUCCAUCCCGAUCGCGGAUGGAUCCCUUGCGGCCCCGGCCGCUCGCCGGAGAGCAGUUCUCUUCGAGGAGAGGAGCAACGCGCGGGAGACAAGGAAGAGGAAGCGCAGCGAAGCGAGAGCCGCCAGAUACCAGGUAGAGCCAUGCGGUUCGCCGGCCUGGUACCGGGCCUCACUCAUGAAUGGAAGAGGGUUCGCCAGGAUCGAUGGUGAGGGCGUGCUACCUUCAGGGGAGGAUUGGUAUAUAACCGUGACGUUUCCAACCCCACCUGAGCGAGGGUGCCGCGACGUACACGUGCUCGGUUACGUCACGAGGACGAGCGGCCGCAGGACUCGGGGGCC